GAAGCGUUAUGCCCUUUGGCUCUCAGGUGUCCACGGUGCCCUCGGUAGCCGGGCUGCGGGGUGGCUUCGUUAUGGGCGACAUGUCGGCCUUGAGAGGCCCGCAACCCCUUUGUACCAUCCGGAUUCCACUACGAAGACGGGGAAUUCAGGACUCUGAGCAGCUACAUGCCUGCGGUUGAAUUAGACCGCUGGACGCGUGAGAAUCACAACAACUGCAUACAGUCCCAUAAACACCACCGACCGACUUAAACCAUCUGCGAGUCCGCCAUGUGGUUUACACUCAUCAUCAUCUAUCUCGUUGAAUCCGUACGCGCCGGUGACAGUGCGGCUGACGACGGGGACGAAUUCUCCAACAAUCUUGUCACGGAUCUCGCGCCCCUACUGGCCUUAUUCGGAGAGCAUGUCGCCAAACAAUAUUUGAGCCAGAGCAUGCACUGGCUCGAUAAUGUCAUAUUCGCCUGCGCGCCGCUAGGGAUAGUUACUGCACUCACGGCAGCGAUCAGAGUCGGUGGGAGUGGUACAUUGAAGGCAAUCAUCGGAAGGGCAAGGGAGCCCCGCGCAGAAGCAGAAAUCGAGCUGAUGAGCUCCACCUCUCAUGAUGUGUGUGAACUUUGGAAUGGAAUAUCGUUGGUCCGCGUGGCAGGCUCGCCAGAUGUACUUGAGAUCGCAUAUGACGAGGAUGGAAAUGUCUACUCAAGCAAGGAUUUCUUGGAUCAAGCGGGAACACACGCAGGCGGCGAUACCGGUGAAUCGGAAGCCCUGGUGGGUACGGGCGGGCUCCGAGCACCAAACAUCUCUUUGAACACUCGUGGCUACCUCUGGAGAUCUCCUGGGGAAUUAUGGAUGUGUGCGACGGUAGGACUGAUCUUGCAAAUCGGAGUGGUGGCCAUACACGCGGCUUUGACGUAUGUCAUGCGCAAAGGGAAAGGCGACGGGAAAGUCAUCGGCUAUUCAUUCCCCGUUACCGCACUUGGGACGUUGCUGCUCUGCUUGGGCAUGUACAUCUGUGCCUCGGUCGUUGACGGCAGCACGGUGGAGACAACCAGGGCCUUGCAAACAGCGAAUGGGCCGCUGCAGAUUGUGUGGAUCCAAAGGGGAGGCCAAAUCGUCAGCGAUCAGCAGUUUCAUUCCUACGCAAUAUACGCGCCUCGCGGAAGAAACAUAAUAUACUCAUCUUAUCCCACGGUAGAACGAUCGAGGCUCGAGUUCUGGACCCUAGUUGGAGUGGUCGUCACCCUUCCUGGCUUCAUCCUGCAGUUUGUUGGGCUGCGUGCGUCUCACUUCUCGGUCACCAUCGCUCAGUUGGGUGCAAUAGUUAUCAUGGCUAUGCUUCGUGUGUUUAUUCGCAGAGACCUUAUGCAGGGCCCUCAAUUGGUUCAACCGACACAAGAAAUCUCCACGGAAUCGUCUUCGGUUAAAGAGUUGCGAGAAGGCUACGAGUUGGAAUGCCUAGCGAAGGACAUCGCAAAAGCCUCAACGUGGAGGGUCGAUACUUUACAACCGCCUCGGAUCGAUCACGAGUCCCGUCAGCCUUUCGCCGCCAAGGCAUUGGACGUCAGAACCCGACUGUCCCAGCUAUCUGGCUCGCAGUGGCAGACGGAUAUCUAUCGUACCGCAAUUGCUCUCGAGCAGACAAUGGAAACGGUAGCGGGGUAUCUAUGGUCCUCAAAGGGGAAGAUGCUGGUGCGGCAAGAAGUGAAGGAUAUGCCUCGGUUGAGCUUCGAUUUCCGAGUAAUCACGGAUUCCACGGGUUUUACGCAGGAGAGUGGGGUUGUGACGCUCACCAUGGAACGGCAUCUGGAAGAAGGACAGUGGAGCCCAUGGAAGGUCGACGGAGAGCGCUUGCGGGCUAUGCUGUUUUUGUGGGUUUGUCAGCUCAGCGAAGACAAACUACCAAACUUGGGCAAUAAUCUGUGGCUUCUUGGACCCGCCGAUGAUCAUACACUUGCCGAAAUAAUUUCGAAUUGGUGGAUAUUGAAACAGUCCGACGAUGUUUUAGUCAGCAGAUCUCCAACAGCCGACUCAAUGCCUGGCGUUGAAGAGGGAAGGGUUCUGGAUCACUUUGCACACGAUCGCAAGGGUCGGUUUCCUAGGCGCGGCGUUUUCACAACAACCACCCUGGAUGGUAUGUGUGCGCAGUUCAUUUUUUCGGAGGUCUUUCACAGCAUGGCAAGACAAAUUGCUCCCCUCGACGGCACAGUUGAGGUUAGAUCGUCUCCGACGCGCUCAGUGUUCGUCAUCCACGAGGAUGUUAAGGAACUCAUGGAGGUCCUAAACAUUGAACCAAUCGCCUCGAUGAGUCAGUACGAUGUGGGCAGGAUUUUCAUCUCUGGCUUGUUGUCUGCAAACGUUCUACCAUGGUUCAAAGUUUUGGAAGAGGAUAAUCUCGGCGAGAUCGUAACCGCGGCCACGGUAUGCGAGUUGGACGAGCAGGCAAAGAUUUGCAGCUGGCUUGUCUACAUGUGUGGUUUGAGGGUCAAGGAAUCGGUUGGAAUGGGGAACUUCAGCCAUGCCGGGAACGUGUAUUCCACAGCUAUAACAGCCUUCGACAGAUUCAAGACCCUUACCCCUCAACAGUCCGCUAUGGGAUCUGCGCUUGAUGAUCUGCUGGAGCAAAGGAAUGAGAUUGCCGAACAGACGAUGACGAGCAAGUUUCGUCAAAUUCCCACCACUACCACUACUAUCCCCUCGACCACCGAGCCGGAUAACCUUCCUCUUCACUACGAAAUCCGACGUGGUAAUGCAUUAGGCGUCUUAAGCCACUUGUGCAACUCUCUAUCCGACGACGUCGAAAUCACCGAUUCACACAUUAUGACACCUUUGAGCUUUGCAGCACUCCAUGGGUUCGAGGCCGCGGUCGCAUUGUUGUUGCUCUUUGGUGCCGAUGGGCUCGAGGCGUUGAGGUUUGUGGUAAAGAUGGGACAUGACAACGCAAUUCCGUUCCUCCUUAAAAACGGAAUAGAUCCGAAUUCCAGCGACAAAUCGGGUAGCACAGCACUCCAUACUGCCGUACUUCACAACAGAUUGUCGACCUUACAAGUACUACUUGACAACGGCGGUGAUCCGGAGGUGACGAUGCGAAGCUACCGACUGAUUCAUUACACUAUUGCCGAAGGAAACGAAGCCGCACUAAGUCUCUUGCUGAAACAUGGUGUGGACACGGAAGCAUUGAGUUCUGGCGAUCCCAGUGCGACACCAUUCCUGAUUGCUUGUAGCAUGAACCGACCCUCAAUUCUUGAAAUACUACGGCAAUACGGCGUCAACACCAACGCAUCCGACACAUAUGGACAGACAGGCCUCCACGUGGCUUGCGGGAUGAGCCACGAGGAAACCGUCCGCUAUCUUCUCAAGAGCAACCUUAUCGAUAUAGACAUUGCCGAUCUUCCGAGGAAGUUUACGGCACUGCAUGUGGCGUGCGAGCAGACUGGGGAUGUAGCCAGCGAUAUUUGCGAGAUGCUCCUCAAAUUCGGCGCCCAACAACUCCACGGCGGUCGUGGUGAAACACCAUUGCACAUUGCAUGCGCCCAAGGCAACAUCAAGAUUGUCCGGCUUCUGCUCGAAUACAAUGCGGAUUUGGAGUCGCUUAUGGUUUCCGGAGAAACGCCCUUGCACCUAGCGACCCAGGAGGGUCAUCGGGCAAUCGUGCAGCUGCUUUUCGAAAAGGGCGUCAAUAAGAAGGCGAAAGAUAAAUAUUCCCGGGUUCCAGCUUUUUAUGCCCUCGCUCACCCCGAUAUUUUGUCACUUUUUGAGGCGAACAGUUUCGGCAACGGGAACUCUGUUCUUCCAGAGGACAACGAAGGCUCGUCUUCGGGUAAUUCCUCUCGGGGCGGGUGCAUGUAGCAGUGGAUUUUCUUUAGAAGUGUGCGGAGUUAAGUUCCUUUGCACAGAAACGUUCAGGCUCAAGUAAUGUUGUGUCUGAAGAAAAUGCCCAAGAGUCCCAAGGAACCGCGGUUUGUCACUCUUCUCAUAGCAG